AUGAUACUACUAACGCUCGUUAUAGCUAUUUUAGUGUUAUGCUACUACAUCAAAUAUGUCUACUUUACUUUGCAUCGUGCAAUAGCGGGUUUGGCACCGGGAUUUCUCUUUGGCAAUAUGUUACAAACAGGAAUUCUUGGACAAGAUGUACCAAUGAACACUGUGUUUUUACAAUUCAAAGCUAAAUUUGGCGAUGUCUAUCAGUUUUGGCUUGGUCCUACGCGUAUCGUAGUCGUCAGUCGACUCGAAGAUGUACAACAUAUCUUUGCUCAUCGACAUGUGUACGAUCAAGGAGAUAUUUUUGCAGAAAAAUUUGGUCUGGUCAAUCCAAAUGGAAUUAUUGCUUUAAAAGGUUAG